AUGCCAAAAAAUGAGACUUAUAAUGAUAAAAAUUUACAACCUAUCGGAUCCGGCCCUUGCUAUCAAAGCAUUGGACCGGGUUCGAAUCCGGCGUACACCAAUGAAUAUUUUCAAUAUUUAAGUGUAUUAUUCUGCUCAGCCCAAGAAAUACAAACGAGUUCCAAUCUCAAAAGUUUACCCCCUACCGUAGUCGCUCAUGACCUUAGUAGUUUAUGCGACUUUAAACAAAUCAAAAAAAAAAAAAAAAAAAAUUUCAAAAAUUUACAAAAACAAAAUGUCAGACUCCGGAGCUUGAAUCCAUUCCCACAA